CUCAUUCUGCUGCCCUUCACAGUUAUAUAACCAUAGUGACCACAUCUUCCCUCUCAACCCUCUUUCACAGUGGGCAGAAAGGCUACACCAAGUCUCUUUCUACACACUUCUUUCUCUUCGAUCAUAACCUCUCCACCAUGUAGGGUAUAAAUACGCCCAUCUACAGUGCUGUUCCAUCAUGCACCCCAGCAUUCCCAAGCCUCUAACCAACAGACCUCAUCCUCGAACCACCCAUCUACCUUAACCUCCCUCACCCAACAAGAACCCCCCCGCAUCAAAAUGGCCACCCCAUCCCAAAAACCCCAAAGCUACACCACCCAAACAAUCGAACUAACCCUGCCCCCCCAGGACAAAACCACAGCCCGCACCCAGCGCCCCUGGUCCUACUGGGCCGAUCCGCACAUCCGAACCUACCUCGAAGCCAGCCAGUCCAACACCCAACCGAGCGCCCGCGAGACCGCCAAACUAUGGGCUCAGAUCCUCGGCCGCGCGCUUGUCUUUCCCUGCAGCAGCAGCAGCGACAGCCAGGCCCAGAACUACCGACUCCUCACCCGCCGAUUCAUCGAGUCGGCCACACAGAGCCCCCUGCCCUACGAGAUCAUCGAUCUCGUCAGCCCCCACCCGCAAAACGGGAAGGACAGCAUCGUCAUCCAGAUCAUCUGCCACGAUGCGACCACCGCACAGGCCAGUCCGGAGCUCCAGCUCCGCGAGAUCCGACAGCGCAAGCUGGCCCUCCUGCAGCAGCAGCUGGUGGCGGCGGACUCCGCGCUGCUGCCGGAGUUUGUGCUCGGGGUUGCGGUGGGGGGCCACGUGUGGUUCCAGAAUCUGCAGGGCGAGGAUGGGUGUCGGCGGGGGCUGUGUAAGGUGCUGUGUCUUGUGCAGGAUCGGAGGCGGGUGGAGGAGUGGCUGCGGUCGCUGCGGCGGACGUUGGGGGUGGUGGAUGAAUCUGAGGGGAGUUUCUUUGAUGAGGUUUCGGAGAGUGAGGAUGAGAAUGGGUGUUGUGAGAAUUGUGGGUUGACGAUGGCGUAGAUGGUACGUAUCUAGUAGUUAUUAGGGUUGAUUUUGAGGAUCAGGGUAAGAGACUAGGAGAGUAGAUGAGGAUGAUACGGUAGGUGGUAGCUUGGUCGAUGACCUUGGUUGGGUGGACUCGUUUGCAUUCACCUAUCGUGUGGUCGUGGCUUGACUGCUUGAUACUGACUGUAGAGCUCUACCUAGUAGUGGAUUGCACCUGCAGAGUAGCUAUGA